UGAAGAUGAGCGGAAGAGGCAAAGGAGGAAAGGGACUCGGUAAAGGAGGCGCUAAGCGUCACCGUAAAGUUCUCCGUGAUAACAUCCAGGGUAUCACUAAACCCGCAAUCCGCCGUCUGGCUCGUCGUGGCGGUGUCAAGCGUAUCUCCGGCUUGAUCUACGAGGAGACCCGCGGUGUGUUGAAGGUUUUCCUGGAGAACGUUAUUCGUGACGCCGUCACCUACACCGAGCACGCCAAGAGAAAGACCGUGACCGCCAUGGACGUGGUGUAUGCUCUGAAGAGGCAGGGAAGGAGAGCUACGCCAUCUAUGUUUACAAGGAAAAGAAGAAAUAAAAUGGCAAGAACCAAGCAAACCGCUCGUAAGUCUACUGGAGGCAAAGCCCCCAGAAAGCAGCUGGCCACCAAGGCUGCCCGUAAGAGCGCCCCGGCCACCGGCGGUGUCAAGAAGCCUCACCGUUACAGGCCCGGUACCGUGGCUCUUCGUGAGAUCCGUCGUUACCAGAAAUCCACAGAGCUGCUCAUCCGCAAGCUGCCCUUCCAGCGCCUGGUCCGUGAAAUCGCUCAGGAUUUCAAGACCGAUCUGCGUUUCCAGAGCUCCGCUGUCAUGGCUCUGCAGGAGGCUAGUGAGGCUUAUCUGGUCGGUCUGUUUGAGGACACCAAUCUGUGCGCCAUCCACGCCAAGAGAGUCACCAUCAUGCCUAAGGACAUCCAGCUGGCUCGCCGCAUCCGCGGAGAGAGAAGCCAUCUGACUUCCACACUCCAGAGCUGCAUGAACAAGGGCUUGUGCCACACACAAGCAGUGAAAAUGAGCGGAAGAGGCAAAGGAGGAAAAGGACUCGGUAAAGGAGGCGCUAAGCGUCACCGUAAAGUUCUCCGUGAUAACAUCCAGGGCAUCACCAAGCCCGCUAUCCGCCGCCUGGCUCGUCGUGGCGGUGUCAAGCGUAUCUCCGGCCUGAUCUACGAGGAGACCCGCGGUGUGUUGAAGGUUUUCCUGGAGAACGUUAUCCGUGACGCCGUCACCUACACCGAGCACGCCAAGAGAAAGACCGUGACCGCCAUGGACGUGGUGUAUGCUCUGAAGAGGCAGGGCCGCACUCUGUACGGCUUCGGUGGUUAAAUUUAUUUACCGUCAGCAAUCCGAAACAUCACAACGGCUCUUUUAAGAGUCAAACACUCAUUCUGGAAGAGCUCACGUUCUCAAAGUGUGGUUCAAUUGUUACGUUGUCCUACAGCGUUUCAUAUAAACAUUGUAGAGUUGAAAAUUGCAACAAAGUCAAAACCGUCUUUUUUGAAAUUCAUCAUCAGCUCUGUACA